AAUAGGUAAACUGUAACUUGUAGUUGUAAGUAAACAAACAAAAAAGUAACCUCUAAUUACAGUGCGAUACGCACCGAUGGUUUUAAUUUCUGCUCUUCUGUAUAUAUUAUAAUAAAUAACAAUGGACAACGAAGAAAUAUUUAAUUUUUGUAAAAAUUUGGGUUGUUGUGACGCCUGCUGCUUUCGUUACUUGGGUUUUAAAAAACCCAGUAUUUACAGUAAUAUUGAGGAACAUGCAAAGAAGUAUAAAAAGGAAGCAUGUAUUAAAGAUACUGUAAUCACUAGCAAUUGUACGAGUAAUGUGGAUGUAGCAAUUAGUUCUAAUAUAAUAUCAAAUGAAACAGACAACCUACAGUCUAAAACUAGUAUAGUUAAUGAUGAAUUUAUAAAGACAGAAAAAAAAACAAAAAACUAUACAAUUGAUUUAGAAUCUACUGAAGCUGUUAAAAUAACAGAAGAUGUUAAAUUUAACACUUAUAAUGGUACAGUUGGCUUAGAAUCAAGUAAAAUUGAUAAUAAGGAUAAGGUUAAUCUAACGGAAUAUGUUAGCAAUCAUGUGAAUAGUAGUACAGUUGAUUCAGAAUCUAAUGAAGCUCAUAAAGAUCUAGAUAAUAAUAUAACAGCAGACCUGGCUAAACAAUCUGAUAUACUACUAGCUGAUGCGCCUCCAGUUAAGAAAAGAAAAAUAAAUGUGUGUGUCAGUUGCGUUGGUGUGCUGCAGAAGGAAUAUUGGCAGGAAAGCUUUGAUAUGAUCAAAGAAGUUUUAGAUAAGAAAGGAUAUGAAUGUGCAACAUACACAUGUGGUCUGUCGGCUCCAAUAUCCACGCUACUGAGAGAGAAGAUCAUUCUGUUCAAGAUAGUUGAAUCAUUUUCAAGCUAUGAUCCUGGUUGCUACACACAGUUGAAAGACGCGUGGAGGUUCUCGUUCAGGGAGCAGCUGGCCACCACCAUCAAGAAGAGCCUGCACUCCGAGUCCCCGCUCAUGAUCACCGUCAACAUGGACUACGCGGAUGAUCUACAGGAGUUGGAAGUACUGAAAACCGUGUCUCCAGAACUGUUCAUGUCUCGCAGCAAGCAGAGGAGACGGUUCCCCACGGAGUUCACCAGGGUCUCCGUCGAGAAGGCAUUGGAGGACGCAAGUCUCGCGGAGCUAGAGAGGUGUGGAGCGACACUUCACUGCGACAAACACGCGCAAUGUGUUAGCGUCGUGUGUGUGCACGGGCCGCAGUAUCUCGCUGGAAGGUACAUCAAGCUGAGUCGUAACCUGCCGCAGUCUCCGUGGGUGUUGGAAGGACGCCGUGUGCUGCCCACCUCGGUGCAGGAGAUCAUGUUCGAGCCCCUGGCGCGACUUUACCAUCUGAGCAGCGACCAGGCAGAGAGUCGUCUGAAGCUGAUCGCUGCAGGUCGUGAGGACGUGGAUGUGCGGUGUCUGGGGGAGGGCAGGCCCUUCGCUAUCGAGUUAACAGACCCGACGAGACAGCUGAAGCCCGAGGAGUUGCAGUCCGUGUGUGAAAGUAUCUCUAAAAGUGGUGACGUCAUCGUACACUCUCUCUGCUAUAUUACGAAGGACGACUUGACCCAACUCAAAAAAGGAGAAGAGACUAAAUGUAAGAGCUACGAGGCGCUCUGCAUCAAACUGUCCCACUCAACCGGCGAUGACACGGCGUCUCCCGUGCGGGUGACGGAGAGAGACUGCUCGACGCUCAACUCGUAUCGCAACACGGAGGAGACGGAGGUCGCGAGGGUCAGCCUGACGCAGAAGACGCCCGUGAGGGUGCUGCACCGCCGGCCCGCUCUCACCCGCACGAGACACGUUCUGGACGUGCACGCGGCCCCAGUACCAGAACACCCUCAACUAUUUUUGUUGAAGCUGCGAACUUCAGCCGGAACCUAUGUCAAGGAAUGGGUGCACGGAGAUCUGGGAAGGACGCGGCCGUCGCUGUCGACCAUCAUGUCCGCGGAGGUUGACCUGGUUGCCCUGGACGUCACAGAGGUUCACCUGGACUGGCCCCCCAGGGGGUCAACGUUGAAUCAAUAAAUCGUUGAGUACA